AUGGCGUUAGCCGUAUGGACAUGCGAUUCGGUAUUGGUUUACACCACUGAUAGCUGCGUUCGACACAGCGAUUUCACAGACCUCCACGCGCGCAAUAUUACAGAUGUUUGUUGGGGUACAAACGCGCGAUUUCUCUUUACCGCCUCGCUUGACGGGUAUGUUUCUGUAAUUAGAUUUGGUAGCUCUCUAACCUUAGCGCAUCAUCUGCCGAUUUUUUCAAAUCAUCCACUAACGAUUUCGCUGACGAAGGUGUUAAGGAGAAGACAGCAAAAAUUGGAAAGCGAGCAGCGGGGCCGCAAAGUGGGGGGAUCUGGAGAACAUGGACACGAUUGUGAUCAAGGUAAUACAGUCAUUGCGUCAGUUCGGAAAAAGAAGAAAACGGAAGCAGUGAAUCUCCUUCCUACUUCUCUUUUGAACACCACAAUUACAGAUAUCACUACAAAUUAA